GAAAUAUUAAAAAUGGAGAUACCAGCUUUGUUUUUAUUAAUCAUAUUUAUAAAUAUCAGUUGUGUCGUUUCUGAACUGAGUUUGAAGUUUGUAAUUAUAACAGAAAUUCAUGAAAACGACCUCCCUCAGCAAGUGGGGUAUGCAAUUAAACAAGCUGAAGAUAAAUACCAGGGGCUUGUCAUUAGCGAUGACGUCAUUCAGCUGGACAGAGAGAACGAAGAAGAAAGUUAUAGGCAGUUAUGCUCAUUCGUAUCACAAGGGGUAUCCCUCAUCAUAGACCUAUCCUGGUCACCCUGGGAGAUGGCUGAGGAACUUUCAUCGUCAGCUGGUAUACCGAUCGUUCGUUCGUUACUGGGUUCUCAGCAAUAUAUCGGGGGCUUUGAUGGUUAUUUGGAAUCGAGGAAUGCAACGGAUGCCGCUUUAAUAUUGGAGAGCGAAAUAGAUGUCGAUAGAGCUCUGUACGAGUUACUCGGCAGGUCACACGUGCGUGUGUGGGUGCAUGCUGGUCUUACUAGAGACUCGGCUAAAGCCCUUAAGGGCAUGAGGCCUGAACCUAAUUUUUAUAUCAUUAUCGGUAGUGGUUCUUUCGUCGCUGCUACCUAUAAAAGGGCAGUUAAGGAGAAGUUAGUGAAACGAAGAUAUCGUUGGAAUUUAAUUGUUACGGAUUAUGACAAAGUUGACACAUCUGACGUCAUAUUACCCACUGUUGUGAUGCAAGCUGAGGUCGCUGAAUGCUGUAAGCUGUUAGGACUUGGUGAAGGGUGCAGCUGUGUAAUGAAUUUGGAGAAAAAACAAUACAUUGUCAACAACUUAAUUUAUUAUUUAGCGGAAACAGUAUCAAAACUAGACACGGACAAAAUUAUCAGUGUGAACUGCGAGAAUCCGAAUGGCGAGAUGAAUGUUACAAAGGAGAGAUUCAAUCAAUUGAUUGAAGUGGAUUUAGUAAAUAAUGACACAUUAUUCUACUGGGAUGUUGAAAGGUUUGGUCUGUUCUUGCGGUCUCGCUUCAUCUUAUACACUCUUAUGCCGGAGACUGGUCUUCAGAAAGUAGCGACUUGGUCCGCUGAUGAGGAGUACAAGUUGCUUCCUGGUGUGGUUCUCGAACCGUUGAGGGAUUUCUUUAGAAUUGGAACAUCUCCGGCAGUGCCUUGGACUUUACCGAAGUAUGACCCGGAGUCAGGGGAACAGAUGCUCUCAGAAGAUGGUGAACCUCUAUAUGAGGGUUAUUGUAUCGACCUAAUUGACAAAAUAGCUGAGGAGAUGGGUUUCGACUAUGAGAUAAUAACGCCGAAAUCCGGUACAUUCGGUAGAAGACUGCCGAAUGGUUCGUGGGAUGGUAUUAUCGGCGAUUUGAUGGCUGGGGAAACGGAUAUCGCAGUCGCCGCCUUAACGAUGACAGCUGAAAGGGAAGAAGUAGUGGACUUCGUGGCGCCAUAUUUCGAACAAACCGGCAUCCUUAUUGUUAUACGAAAACCGAUUCGAAAAACAUCACUGUUUAAAUUUAUGACAGUCCUACGGACAGAAGUGUGGCUGAGUAUUGUCGCAGCUCUGCUCCUAACUGGUUUCAUGAUCUGGUUGCUGGAGAAGUACUCCCCUUACUCUGCGAGGAACAACCCUGACGCUUAUCCUUAUCCGUGCAGAGAGUUUACCUUAAAAGAGAGUUUCUGGUUCGCUCUGACGUCGUUCACUCCUCAAGGGGGCGGGGAGGCGCCGAAAGCGCUCUCAGGGAGGACUUUAGUUGCAGCGUAUUGGUUGUUCGUGGUGCUGAUGCUGGCCACGUUCACCGCCAACUUAGCCGCGUUUCUGACAGUCGAGAGAAUGCAGACCCCAGUGUCCUCAUUGGAACAACUGGCGAGGCAGUCCCGUAUCAACUACACGGUGGUGGAGAGCUCGACUAUACACCAAUACUUCAUCAACAUGAAGUUCGCUGAAGACACGCUGUACAGGGUCUGGAAGGAGAUAACGUUGAACGCCACGUCAGAUCAAGCUCAGUACCGCGUGUGGGAUUAUCCCAUUCGGGAACAAUAUGGUCACAUCCUAUUGGCUAUUAAUGCAUCAGGACCAGUACCAGAUGCAAGAACUGGAUUCGAGCAAGUGAAUGAGCACGCGGAAGCCGAUUUCGCCUUCAUACACGACUCAGCUGAAAUUAAAUAUGAGAUAACUCGCAAUUGUAACCUGACGGAAGUCGGAGAAGUGUUCGCGGAACAGCCCUACGCCAUCGCGGUCCAGCAAGGAUCGAGACUUCAGGAGGACCUGUCAAGGACUCUGCUGGAUCUGCAGAAGGAACGCUUUCUGGAACAGCUGGCAUCGAAGUAUUGGAACGAGUCCGCGAGGCAGGCGUGUCCGGACGCUGAUGAGUCUGAAGGGAUCACGCUGGAGAGCUUGGGGGGAGUGUUCAUAGCAACUUUGUUCGGCUUGGGACUCGCCAUGAUAACAUUGGGAUGGGAAGUGUUCUAUUACAAGCGAAAACAAAAAAAUAAACUACAAGCCAUAGACGCGACCAUAGAGAAGACGGAAGCUUUCGUCAAACCGAUGAAAAUACCUAAAAAGACGGAUAAUGUUACCAAGUUACGAAAGAAGAAUAAAAAAAGUGGCAAUAUAAUUAAAAAUGUCACAAUCGGCGAUCAUUUCAAGCCGGCUGAUAAGGGCGUGUCUUAUAUCAAUGUUUACCCACGGGGUGGUUUUAGACCAUAAUUAAGUAAUUUAUAAUUUGUGUGUAUUAUAGUUUAAAUAUUAUUUCAACAGAAG